AUGCUCUUCAUUGCCAUCGUAUUCACUCUUUUUGCCUUGGCUUACGCUCAAAUCCUGAGCUGCAGCACUGCUACUUCUCCUUCACUGAACAACGCCUGUCCCAGUGGAUAUACCCUGGUCUCCAACGCAUGCUGUCCCAAUGCAAAUGUCAUCACCGUCACCUCUACGAGAGCACCCACCACUUGCGUAGACAAAAUCAACGCUCAAACGCUGAAGUCUGACUGCCCUGCAAUGAAGAGCUAUUGCAACAACUCCGCUUACAAAGCACUCAUGACGGAACAGUGUCGUCUUACUUGUGGACUAUGCACCAGCAAUCCUGGUGAUUCGUCGCUGAUAAAGAAGAAAAGGAAAGAAAACUUUCUUCUACUGACUCGAGUGGAGAUGGGCGGCGGCCCUCUCUGUUGCUGUUGUUUCGCGAACAAUGUACGGCACCUGGUGCUAUUACUCACUUCGAUUUGCAUAUCUGUACUAUUCAUGAACCUCAUCCUCUUCAAUUUCACUGCCAUAUUGGAUGCCGACCUGCCAUCGGGGCUACAACCCGUCCCAUCUCUUGACAGCCUGCAUGCGUACACCAUUUGGCAUGAUCGCCUCAAAAGGGCGAUUAAUGGCACAAACGAGGGACUGAAUUCUCCAUUGUCCAAAAGAGAUGACGGAGAUGAGCGUCCGGUUCUUCCGAGCACUGCUUCACCCGCACCUUCCUUUGCACCGUCAACGGCAGCCACUACCAAAAAGACUGAAAAGCCGAAACCUGUGUUUUUCACAAACUUUCCCUCCGAUGCGACCACUACAAAAUCCCCCUUGAAUGAGAAGCCUCCUCUUGCAUCAGAUCCGAGGGAUGUUGUUAGGAAUGAAGUCCAGCGGGCCAUUGAUAGGCUUGAAGGUCGUGGUGAAGAUGUGAAGUCUACUCCAUAUGUGCCCGGAAAGGUGGACAAAGAAUAUAUGGAGCCCAAGGUGUCGACUGGCAGUGAGAUAAAGAGAUAUUUUUUGUACGCUGCUCCUGGAUUUGGGUGCCUUCUUGGGUUGGCUCCUGCAAUUCUUCUGCUAAAACGCUGCGGUGUCCGUGUCACACUAUCCGUGACAUUGGCCAUGUGCGGCAUACUAACAGCCAUAGUUCCAAUUCUGUCGCAGUUCGGUUUUUCUGCGCUAUUUCCUCUCAGAUUAUUCAUGGGUAUGUGCUUCGCACCAUGUCUCCCCGUUUUGGGUGCUGUUUGUGCAAACUGGGGAUGCUUGAAUGAACAGCUGUUGUUUAUCGCUACUGCUUUCGGCUUUAUUCAGAUUGCCCCGUUGUUAUCAUGGCCUCUAACAAUGGUAGUGUUUUCGAACGAAGUUCCGCUUACCGCAAUCUAUGCAGUUCAUGGUGGUAUCACGCUGUUACUUUCAAUAAUUUUCGCUGCAUUUUAUCGCGAUCGGCCACAGCAUCAUCCUUGGGUGAAUGGACUUGAACUGAAUAAAAUUGUUGCUGGAAAAGUGCAGGAGCUGAAGAGCAAUCGAGCCCAGUCAGGAGCGUUUCCCAUCUUGCUGCGUUCUGUAGCAGCAUGGUCACUUUGGAUUGCUGCGUUUGGGGCGUUCUUUGCUAUCGCUCUGGUCGUUACAUAUAUGCCAUCGAUUCUGUCCUGUCAGGAAAUAUUUUUGGUUGAUUAUCUCGGAGUCUAUUCGGCGCUUCCCUUCAUAUUGGUGCCGCUCGUCCUGCUUGGUGCUGGACUUAUCAAUAGAUGGUCAUGUUGUUCGACUACUAUUCAUGUGCGAGUGUGGAACACCGUAUGGACUGCGCUUAUUGUCCUUGUAUUCAUCUCGCUUCCCAUCAUUUUUUACCUCGAGGAAUCUGCAAUAUCAUUACGUUUUCUUCCAUUCGUGCUUGCUCCCUUGGGACUUUGUAUUUGUGGAGUCAUGCGCAGUCUUUGCCUCGUUGGAAGAGCAUUUACGCAACAUAUCAUCGCCUAUAUGGGUGCUAGCGUUGGUGUUGCUUUCAUCAUCGCUCCAUUGGUCAUCUUCACCUAUCUGAAUGCUAACUCUCUCGCGGAAUGGACGAAAGUGUUCUUGACUUCAGCCGCCAUUGUCGCCAUCUCAUCAAUUGUUUUCGCUAUCUUUGGAAGAGGACGUGCUUCGAACUGGGCCGCUUCUUCAUGGGAUCCACUCAUCUCGACGAAGAUGAGGAAUCUUCAGCCUAUCGAUUUCAGCCAGGAUGAAUGUGGAUUGUAUGAGCUGCGUCUCAUCGACCCGAACAAAAAAUAGACGUUGUCGAAUAUUUCACUGCAAUGCAUAUUCACUUACCUAUGAUAAGAUGCUCAUCGGUUUUCUCAAUUUUUUUUCUCUAAUGUGCUCUCCUUAUAUACCCUUUCCGUGAACUAUUGAUUUGUGGAAGAUUUUCUUUGUCGAAUGCUAAUUGAGAGCUUCCGCCAUUUGUGCCUUUUGUUUUGCCUUGACGCUUUUGUCAUCGGGUUGUGUUUUUUCUUUGCGCCUUUUGAGGAGCCCUACGCACUCUUGUAUAGUUCCAAAAACUUAUUGCCCGUUAACUUUCGUGGAAAGCCUAGGGUAUAUCUCUAGCAGGUGAUCGUAUCUGCCCAUUUCAUAUCUGUUUCCAUAGCUUCAUUAAUUUGCCAUCGUUCAGCUUGAAACUCAUGUUUAAAACCUGAAGUUAAGAUGUAAUAAAAGCUUGC